AUGAACAUAGAAAUUAGGGAUGGAUUCCAGCUCACAAACUUAUGCUUGGGCAAGCCCGAAGCACCUCUUUCAGUUCACGGGCUAGCAUGCUUUGUGCUUGCCGGCAUGCUAAUCAGUGCUGUCGUUCUCAUAGCGACGUACUAUAUCGAAUAUUAUGGUAUUGCAGAAAAUCUUGAGGAUAUUCUCGUCGAUGGACUCACCGAUGGAUUCGUCGAAGUAUAUCUAUGGAUUAAGUACGAUUUAAAACCGAUGCUUCGAGUUCUGUAUGUAUUCCUGUUCAAAUUUGAUCAGUUCCAAUUUGAUCAGGAUGACAUGCCUCAACUGGAAUAG